AUGACCGUUCUCGGUAUAGACGCGAAAAACCCUACAAAUGAGACUAACAGGAAGCAAUUCAUGCUCUGCUCUGAAUGUCAUCAAAAGGCUGUUGAGAAACGCCUAAAUCGAUUGGGCCUCCUUUGCUGCAUCGGUGCCUGGUGGAUCUGCUUCCUUGGAAUAUACUUCUGCCUAGCACUGCGAGGUGAUUUCUGCAAUAACUGCUACAAAGAAAAAUUCUUGAUGAAGGCUCACGAAACGCGUCGUCUUCAGCUCUAUAUGGACGACCACUCAUUGUGUGAGGCACCCACUGGAACCAUUCAGAAAGUACAAAAAAGACUAUAUAUUAUACAGCCGAAGUGA